CGCACAGCUCAAAACCAACCCACCACCCCACCAAUCUCAUACGUAUAAUCUCCAUUUCCAUUUUAAGAAACCAAUUAAUUGGGCGAUUUCCUUUCCAACUCCUUCCUAAAAACACCUUCCAUUUCUUCUUCUCUUUUUUUUUUUUUUUUUUUUUUUUUUUUUUCUCUCAAUCUCUUUAUACUCCCAUUCGAUUUUCACCUCCCCACUACAGAGUUUAUUAUUAUAGUUUUUGGGGAUCGUAAAGGCACCAAAUGGCGGCUGCAGCUUUUGCUUUCUCAUCAUUCUCUUCUCGUCAGCUUGUAAUUCCUGCUUCUUCAUUGACUCGGUCGCCGCUAUCGCCAAUUUACCAUCUUCGAGAUGGCAGCUGCUCUGUUAUGGUAACAGGAAUUUAUUGUGCCAAGCAGAUAGGCGCUAUCAGAUACGAAAAUGGAAGCAGCAGCAGUAAAAGUACCACUCUGGUUACUGCUAUUUCUAGUUUUUGUGAAACCUCGUCUCCACCCGUAACUGCAUUUAAUGAGCUGAUCGAGUCGCUGAUUAAUCGGGUGGAUUUAUCGGAAUCCGAGGCUGAAGCAUCGCUUGACUAUUUAUUAAAUGAUGCUGACGAGGCAUUGAUCAGUGCCUUCCUUGUGUUGCUGAGAGCUAAAGGGGAGACUUAUGAAGAAGUUGUGGGAUUGGCAAGGGCGAUGAUUAAGCAUGCUAGGAAAGUUGAAGGGUUAGUUGAUGCAGUUGACAUUGUAGGAACUGGUGGGGAUGGAGCAAAUACUGUUAACAUUUCUACGGGGGCAUCAAUACUUGCUGCUGCUUGUGGUGCAAAAGUUGCCAAGCAAGGGAAUCGAUCGAGUUCUUCUGCAUGUGGAAGUGCUGACGUAUUAGAAGCACUGGGGAUAGUAAUUGACCUGGACCCGGAGGGUGUAUCAAGAUGUGUGAAUGAAGUGGGAAUUGGUUUUAUGAUGUCUCCAAAAUACCAUCCUGCAAUGAAGAUUGUAAGCCCUGUGAGGAAAAAGCUAAAAGUAAAGACCGUAUUCAAUAUAUUGGGCCCUAUGUUGAACCCUGCACGUGUACCUUUUGGUGUUGUUGGAGUAUUCAAAGAAGACUUAGUCUACAAAAUGGCUAAAGCAUUGCAAAGAUUUGGAAUGAAGAAAGCAUUAGUUGUUCACUCGGAGGGCUUAGAUGAGAUGAGCCCCCUUGGACCUGGGAUAGUCCUUGACAUCAGCCCAGAAAAGAUUGAGAAAUUCUCAUUUGAUCCACUGGAAUUUGGCAUUCCUCGUUGCACUUUAGACAGCUUGAGAGGUGGAGGGCCAGAUUACAACGCAGAAAUACUAAAACGGGUGUUAUCUGGGGAGAAAGGGUCCAUUGCAGAUGCACUUAUCCUUAAUGCAGGAGCAGCUCUCUUGGUAAGCGGCUGCACAAGCAGUUUAGCGGAAGGUGUAGCUUUGGCUUGUGAGACACAUUUAUCAGGAAAAGCUAUGAGGACACUGGAUUUGUGGAUAAAAAUUUCAAAUGAGCAGAAGGUGAAAGGGGAAACUUAUGUCAAGACUGCCUGAAAUUUUAAGGCGAUCACAUAAAAUUACGAAUGUGAAAAGCAGCCAUACCCACACAAUUGACAAUUCCAUUAGGAAAUUUUCAAUGAUUGGCUUGUAACAAAUUGUCAAAGAAUUUAGUAUGAAUAAAUUUUGCGGGGGAUGCUUUUGUAA